GCGUUGCUGUGCAACGCCGGAGCGACCGUUAGGGGGCGGCGCGCGCAUGGCCAAGUUCGUGGUGGCGGGUAAGGCAAACUGCCCUUACUAUGCCAAAGCUGAACACCUGGCUGACUAUCUCCAGGCUGCCUUGCCCAACUUCAGGGUUCACAAGAUCACUCAGCACCCUGACAAGUGGGAGCAGUGGCUUCGUGACAUUUGUGAAACGAAUGGAUGGGAACACAGACAGUCUCCUAUCAUUUGGAGAGAACUGUUGGACCGUGGAGGGAAAGGUCAGCUUCUGGGAGGACUUAAUGACUUUCUGGAAUAUGCUCAGCAAUAUUAUGGUGUCACUUCAAUGAUGCUGAGUGAGGAAAUGUUAAAUAUUGCUGAGGAGAACCUGCAAGCUCAUCUUGAGAUUGUAAAAGAGGAUGAAGAGAUUAAGAGUCUUAUCAAGCCUAUGCAGAUCUGGAUCACCAGUGCAUCAGCUCCAAUCUGUUAUCAGCUGAUCCCUCUGUUGGCAAAUGGAGAAGUGUUUGGGAUGACCACAGAAAUCAGUAUCCAUUUGCUUGACACUGGCCAGUUUAAGGAAGUUCUUUGCAGUAUUGUGAUGGAAGCUGAAGACAUGGCGUUCCCACUUCUCCGCAGUAUUUUGGAGCACACUGAAAUAGAUGAGGCUUUUAUUGAAGCUGAUGUUAUUAUUGUUCUUGAUGAUGUCCUCUUAAACCUUGAAGUCCAGUCCCUUGAGAACUACAUCAGAGAAGUGAGUGAGAUCUGUCAAGUGUAUGCUCCCUUGAUUGAGAAGAAUGCCAAGAGUGAGGUCAGAGUAAUUUCAUCAGGAAAAACCUUUGCAAACCUUAAGGCAACGCUGAUCAUGACAUACGGCCCUUCCAUUAAGCCUGAAAAUAUCAUCGCCGUUGCGACAUCCUGGGAAAGUGCAGCUAAAGCCAUGCUGGCCAGGAAGCUGAAUAUGAGCACAGCAGGAGUUAAAGACGUGAUUGUUUGGGGCAAUACUACUGGCUCUAACUACAUUGAUUUGUCACAUGCAAAACUUUAUGGAUAUGACUGUGCUAUUUGGGGCCCAGCUAAUUUUCAACGUCCUUUGUUGAAUAUGAUUUAUGAUAGGGAAUGGAUCCAUUCAGAAUUUCUAUCUGCACAGGGUUCACUGCAUUCCCGAGUCAGUCGUUGCACAGGGAUGUUACCUGCUCAUGCAGUGGCCACUGUACUGCAGUACUGGUAUCACGGCUCUCCUCCUGGGGAGAUUGUUUCUGUGGGAGUACUUAGUGAAGGUCAGUUUUGUGUUCCCGAAGGAAUUAUCUUCUCUAUGCCAGUGAGGUUCCAGAAUGGUAACUGGGAAGUCAUAAAAGAAUUAGAAAUUGAUGGAACGACCCAAGAAGUUCUGGGACGCUUAGCCCACGAGCUAGUUCAGGAAAAACUCGUUGCACUAAAGGAAAUAAAAGAAAUACAUCCAUAUGGAGAAGGCUAAAAACCCCACAUCCUUUCCCAAGUUUUUCUGUGCUGCUUUUUCUACCUACUUUGCUUUUCAAGUUCUCUGUCCUCAUUCAUCAAAAUAAGAGCAGAUGAAUUUAAAAGCGUAUUUUAGUUCUGUUUUUUCACCUUUUCCCUAUUCUCAGGUUCUGAAAUCCCUGCCAUUUUUCAAUGGUCUAGCCUUUCUUUCUACUUUUCAGUCCUACAGACCUUUGUUCUAGUUAGUUUCCUUUCUCUCUUCCUUCAAAUUCUUUCGAGUACUUUUUUAUCAGGACUUACCAUACUGUGAGCUGUUCUUCUCCACUAAGGGCAGGCUGAAGAAGGGGAAAUUACUUGGAGCUUGAUGCCCAGAGCCUGUAGUGAGCAUAUGAGCCUUUUGGUUAUCCAUACUUUUUUCUUGAGAAAGAACUACGGACACAUAAGAUAUUCUUGAUAA